GUGCACAGGACACUAAAAAAAAAUUAAAUUUCCAUGGAAUUUUAUGGAAUUUAAUGGAAUUUUGUAUGGUAAAUCGCAUACAUGGUAAAUCUUUAAAAACCAUUCAAUUAACCAAACUUAACCAUUAGUAGAAAUUUAAAAUUUUUCUGUGCAUAAUGUCAGUGCAGAAAUACAAGCACAAAAUUUAAAUAAAUAAUGUGCUUUUUAUAUGCAAUACUGCAUUUCGCAGUAAAGAUGACAAAGAUGAAAAAUAAUUGAAAAUACGAAACUACUCUUAAUAUUUAGUCCUCGCAAUGUUGCUAAAUUCUCGUCGGUAAAAUAUUGCCGUCGAUAUUUUACAGUUCAGCGACAUUCGAUGGCAAUAUUUUGUCACUUAUAAUGACAAUUUUUUGUCUCUCAGUACUUCAAGAAUAGAAUAUAUUUGUACCGCUACGGCGCCUAGAUCAACGUCGUAAAACGCGACUAAUAAGAAGAAGAAUAAAAAUUAAACUCAACCAUAAAUAUACCCAGUUGUUGAUAAACAUAGCAGCAAAGGUUUUAGAAGAACCAAUUGAAUUAAGAAGGUAGUGUCCAUAGAAAUCGGCCAAAAAUUGCAGUCGAUAACUUUAUUUUUAUUAUUAUUAUUAUUAUUAUUAUUAUUAAAACUUGGCGGCAUUAUGGCUUUAUUUUUGGUAGCUCCCUUGAAUGUUGAAUUAUACUUGAAUUAAUAGACAUUAGUGAUGUACAUUACAAUUUUACAUUCUCACAUUAACUUGAUCAUUUAGACUGGGAUGGACUGGAAUAAGCAAAGCAACACAAUCAAUGUAUCCAUCAUUGCUUGCGGUAAGAUUUAAUAUUUGCACAACUUUAAAUUGAAUGGGAAAAGUUAGUGAGUGACUGAUAAUAUAGUUCAUUCACUAAAGCAUUUUCCCGUAUCCGUUAUUCUAUAUAUAUAUUUGUGACCGAUUGUUCGUGCUUAGCCUUUACCCUUCAUAAUAAUAGCUAAAAAGAGGUGAGAAUGUGGGGAGUAUAUGGUGUCAGUUAGAUGGGUUUCCUAAGCAGUAUUCUGGAUGGUGGUCAUCCAUCUGCUGAUCUGGUAUUUGAUGGCAAGUAGUUCAAUUUAGUUGCACCUUGCAAUGCAUGUAUGAAAAUAUGGUCUGUAAAUUCCUGGUAUAGUUAUAAUACAGAAUAGGAGGUCCACGUUUAUACAGCAGCUAGCAGAUAAUAUAAUGUCUCUUUCUCAUUUUAACCAGUGUGUUUAUUUUUGAUGACACGAUGUUUGGUUUUCUCCUAUUUGUGGACUGUUGUGAAAAACUUUGGGGAAGGGUUGCGUGAGGCAGGUAAUAUACAUGCACUCACUAAAGUGACUAAACUAUCUCAUUAUCGAAACUGCUGUCUGCACCUGUUUCUUAUUAUUUCAUUGUCAUAUAGUAUCGAUCCACUAUAGUGUACAUUACAUGACGUAGUACGGAGGGGCGGAGCGAGAAAGAGAGACUUGUCAACUUCGGAAAUUCUCGGUUCGAAACUGAACCGAAAAUGCAAGACUUGCUUUAAUUGUUUUCUGUCAGUGUUUAUAUGUAUUGAUCUAGCAUAGUGUAAAUAACACGAGUUCAAUUAUAGUAAAUAAUACAGAAAGAAAUUGAAGGAAAACAAUUAAAACAAGUCUUGCAUUUUCGGUUCAGUUUUGAACCGAGAUUUUCCGAAGUUGACAAGUCUUUCUCGCUCCGCCUGUCCGUGCUACGUCAUGUAAUAUACACUAUAGUGGAUCGAUAUGACAAUGAAAGAGAGACUUGGAGCAAGUCCAUUUCCUGGGCAAACCAAGAAGUAUUGUUUCUUAGCCAUUUUUCUGAAACCGAACAAACGAGAAACGGUUUCAUGUACAUCAAAAAUUGCACUUGCGAAACAAAAUAUGUUUCAAUCUGAAUUAUUUAGGUCAAUUUCCUGGGAAGCAAAUUUGCUUUCUUGAGGUUUCUAUAGACCGCCGCUCUCUACCCAUUGUCAUUGAGCUGUCGAGUGAAAGACAUAUGGAAGUUUUCAAAUGCUGACCCGCAACAAUGUUUCCUAGUUUGCAAAGGGAAUAUAUAUAGACAUCUACCGUCUGCCACGGGUAGAAAAUAUAAAUAUGCACUUCCUGUGUCUGCAUGUGAACACAGAAGAUAAAAUUCAGUUAGUUACUAAUAAUUAUGAAAACGUUUUCCAUGUGAUUGGCUUUCUGAAACAAAAGAGAUCAUCAAUGUUUAUGACUCGUUCUUUAUAUGAUAUUGGAAAUCUAUAGUUUAUUUUAAAAUUGUUCUAUGUUGUCAUAAUUGCCAUAACCUAAGAAUUUACUACUAUACGUAUGCUAGUUAAUAAAUCUUUCUUCGAAUUUUUAAACUUGCCUACUUUUUCACCCAUGCUAACAUCAAAGUUUGCUAGUUAAGUUUGUAAUAAUAUUUUUAGUGUACUUUCCUGAAGAACAAACAGAUGCGCAUGGAGAAGUCCGAAGAACAUCAUCACCCCAACAUGAUGAACCUGAUGCAUGAUGAUUACCUCUGCGACAUUCACGAAUGAGUUUAUGACCUUCAUGACUGAGUUUCUCGUUAUUCUCGUCGUCUAAAUCAAUUAUGACAAUCAUGACUAUCACCGUCACAGUAUGUAGGGUAAUGUAUAUGGUGGACACCAACGCAAGGACAAACAAUUACGGCCUAACAAACUCACUGACCUAUAUCAUUGUGUGGAAAUCUUGUCUUGUGUGUAAUACAAUUUCAAAGACAUUGCAUUGCACCGUUGAGAAGAACUCUGCUCAAGCCUGUUAUGAAAUGCUAGUGUUGUAUACAACAUGAUGUAAGCUUGAUAAUAGAUGUUUUGUCUAUGGUGAGGCAGUUCCGAUGAGAAACCGAAAACCGGCCGAAAAAACUCCCGAACAAACCGAGUGAAUCGAUUUUUUACUACACGUUUGAAAAUACAUUUGAAAAUAUGCUGCUCAAACUUCACUCGUUUAAUCCGUUUUUCGGUAACCGCCUUACCCUAAUUUUGCCAUUGUAAACAUUGAGCCUAGAUGACGACUUAAACUUCCAAAAUGCUCUCAAUUAUUAAUUUCUUUUGAACUAAAUGAAUUUCGUUGUGUUGAUAACCGUCGUCCUUAAGUUGGCGUCUUCCAUAUCUUAAAUUCCCUAAUGUAACGUACAACGUAUAAAUAUAUAAUGCACACAAUGCACAUACAGCAAAGCUCACAACACUUCGAUCAUAUAGAAAAUUGUAUUUGUAGAUUUUAUUUAAUUGUAGUUAUCGAUAGGAAAUUAAGAAUAAAUCCGGAUCUAUUACGGUCGCCUUGGGCACACCCUUUCAAUAACGAUGUCAAAUAUGGCUCCUUGUUCUCGUAAAUAGUAAGCGAAUAACUUUUCGUCAAGAUUAAUGAAAGUGAGCCCCUUUGCCAAGGAUGUGUGUGGGUGUGUGCGUGCGUUAAACACUCAGGUCGACUAAUUAGGGCUGUACGCCUGCGAACAGGCCAUAAAACAAAGAUGGCGGCUUUCUACAGGGUGAAGAGAAAGGGGGCCCCCAAGCUCAGGCUAUAGCCUAUAGAGCAACAAUGCCGUUUUCUGACCAUCAGAAUUCUGUAAAAUCUCUCCCCAAAGUCCGGGAACUGGCAUUUCAGAGAGUCUAGAUUCAAACUAAUUUUCCGGGUGAGCAUACCCUGGACCCACUAGAAAACUCGUGCAUAUACGGCGCUCAACUUGUGCCUUUGGCACUUCUACUAGGGGGGCCUUCGAAAAGUUUGAACCGGGGCCCCCCUGAUAUAACGUUACGCCACUGUUACGGUUUGCAGUUAUAUUUGACCUUGGACUUGUUAAUUAAGAUAUUUAUGUCACUAAAUCUGAUUAGCUAACGUACUGAGACAAAGGGAAUGGAAUGUUGUGCUCAAGUGGGCGGCCGCUUGUCGGGAGAAACCUCGUCACAAAGAAUGGUUGCGAAGGCGACUACUAUAUAGCCAGCAUUUUACUAAAUAGCCGGCUGUAUAGCCAGCAGUUUACUAAAUUGCCGGCUGUAUAGUCACUUCGAAAAUAUAUAAAUGUUUAUUCAAUAAUUGUGCAUGAAAUGUUUUCAUAGCAACGAUGCAAUUCCUUUGCGCUGAUACACGUACGCCUAGCGUACCUAUUUUUGUAUCUGCGCGUAGCGCUAGAUACUAUGCCGGCUAAACACUCAGGUCGACUAAUUAGGGCUUGUACGCCUGCGAACAGGCCGUAAAACAAAGAGCGGCUUUUGUUUGCGCUAGUUGUGCGCACAAUCAACUGCUUUUGUAGCGGCUUUCUACAGGGUGAAGAGAAGAUUGCCCAAAGUAACAUCGUAAAGCUUUUUCGUGAGUGACCGUGCAUGCUUUUAUAAUAAUAUCAAAGGUUUAUUCAUAUAUUCAUAAUUAUUUUGUUUAAUAUGGUACAUUUAAUAAUUUUAUAGUCACAUCAUUUAGAUUUUAGAAUUAUUAUGUUACGUUAAAAUUUUGUUAUAUGGUGCAUUAGUCACAGGAUAUCUAAUUAUACGAUUGCUUCAUAAGUUGAGUUAAAGUUAUAAAAUGUAUUUACAGAUUGUAUGUAUUUUUUUAUAUUUACAUUAAUAAAUGCCCAUUUUGUAACUCUUAUUCUGUCUGUUUUUAUUAUAAAAAUGGUGGCUUUC